CGCUGGGGUAAAUAUAGACACAGCCUGCAGCCCGUCUGAAACACACAAGCUUUCCUUUGUUUCCUCUUCUUCUGACCUCUUGUCCAAACGAACUCAGCAUUGAGACUCCCAUCUCUAGUGGCACAGAGACUCAGUCAAAUAGAAUUCAACGUUUCCGUCGUCAAGCCUGCUUUCUAAAAUUCCGUCAAAAUGCCACCCUGCAGCGGUUCCAUCUCCGUUAGUGCUGUCGACGAUAUUUGGCAUCAGCACGAAUCUCAGAUCAAAGAUCUAUAUCAGAAUCAACGAAAGACACUUAGAGAGGUGAAGCGAAUUAUGGAGGAGAACGGAUUUCCGAGAAAGCCGCUAUCAACCUGGCAAUCCAAACUCAGGGAAGAGCUCCAACUAAGGAAGAAGGCCAAAUCCCACGAUUGGCCUCUAAUCUAUCGGCAUAUACUCCCACGCCUUGAGCACCCUAGGAAGAAACACCUCAAGAGGAAAACAAUCAUUCACCUCAACGGCUCUCCAAUACCAUGGGACAAGGCUUGGAAAGAAAUCAGGAGAUCGGGUGCCCUAGGACUAGAUCUGGAGUCAUCCCCAAGUGCGCUGCCGCCUGAAGUCACAAUUCGGAGCCCAUCGCCGGAGUCAAUUGCUUCGCCACGAACUCCGCCAACAGUUAUGCCAAGUGUAUCCGUGGUUUCGAAGCGAUCCACAGAUAAGACAUUCGAAGCACCCUUCCAACUGCAAACUUCUGUGGUUCCGCCUUUGCGAGAAAGGAGCCUGACGUACUCCUUCUCGGUCUAUCUUCUUCAAUGGUGCGCCUCGAGCAUCCCUUGGCUAGAGAUGUGUCAGUCGGUGCAGCACAUUUUUCAUGACGGAAAACAGACAAGACAACUCGAACUCUCAUUCUCGUCGGUUUUGAAUGAGUUCAUGGCCACAAGCGCCACAGCCCACGCUGUCCGGUCCCAGGCCCGUCAUGAAAUACUGCCCUCCGAAACUCGCUUGGACUUGCUUCGGGAUUGUCGAUUCAUUCCGCCACGACCCUCACCCGAUCUCGGAUACAGAGUCGCAAAGUCGGGAGGCCAGAUUGAGCUCAGCCAUUUUCUCUCAACGGCCAUUUUCCUGUUAUCGAACGAUCUCCACGACAACGAGGAUGGCGACCAAGGACUUCAGAUUUUGUGCUCCAUGGUCGACCGCGAUCCUAUCCUGACAUCAACAUUGUUACAAAGUCAUCUGCCAAGCGCCAGAGCUGCGUGGGAGUCUUUGUUUCGGUUUUCUAUGAUAAAGAAGCGACGAUGUACAUUCCGGGCCUUGAUCGAUAUUGGAAUCCAUAAAAAAUGGCUAGACUCCUGGCAUUCAGCUAAUUAUCUCUGCUGUGCCGUCGAGAUGGAUUGCGACGAUAUUUUGCGCAGAAUCGUCGCCUACUGCUGCGAAUCCAAUUGCGGUCACUGGUGGCGAGACAGUUUCAGAGCAAUCCUGGUCGCAUGUAGGCAAGGCAAUGUUGCAUGCGCGAGCCUGUUGCUUCGUCACUGCAAUGUCAAUGCCAGAAGGGUACAGUCGCACUUGAGAGCUCAAGAGGAUAGGUCAAUGUUUCAAGACCUCGUUGCAAACCUGGAGAGAAGCAAUGAAGAGCACAGGCUUGCACUGGAGUUGUUUUUGGCCAAUGGUGCGGACGUUGACCAGAAAAGUGCCAGAUGGAGAUUGAGUCGCAGGUGGAAAAGACUGGUCGCCCGACACGAGCUUCUUCACGCGACAAGACCAACUAUUCUAGACGAGAUUUUCUACAUUAACCGCUCAAUGUUCGACAAAGCCCGAGCCCACAGCAGAGUACCCGAUUUCAGUGUCACCAGAACCGGCCUCCUAGUCGCUCUGGAGGAAGGCUUGCAGAAAACGAGGGAAUAUCUCUCAGUUCGCCUGCCGGGGUUGCCCUUCGAUUCACGAUACGUGCAGUCAUUACUGGACUUGCUCCUUGCUGAACAAUUUGAGAUGUCUAUAUCAGUCGAUAUGAGGAUCCUGCAAGGUCUUUUCGAGCUUGGUGUCGACUUUGAAAGGCCUUCUGUCGCGCUUGAUGUCCAUGACUUUUGGAGAAUUAAUGAAUGGGACCCAGAAUGCCACAACAGUAUCAUCGACACUCCUCGGCGGAUAUUAAAUUCACGACUUGAAUAUCUGCAUAUCGCCUGGCAUCAAUUCGCUACUGUGAAAGAAAGAACAGCCCUGCUGGAUGUCUUCCUUGCCCAUGGGGGAGUCAUAGGUGAACUCGUUCUAGAAAGUUUUGUUGCACAGCACGGGACCGGCGGAUUGGGGUGUCUGACGCCACUUCCGAAAGACUUCGCGAGCAAGGCCGUUCGGGCGUUGGUAAGAGCAGCGAGGUUGAAUAAGUUUGAAGACGUCGAGGCCCUGUUCCGAAUGGGCGUCGAUCCCAACGCAUUCGUCAUUUCGAAACUCCGGAAGUACAGCAUCCAGGCAGUCGCAACUGAGGCCGCCAUUCCUAGGUCUUUUUUCGACCUGCCUGACAGUGGCUGCAGCCUUGAGAUGACUCAAUUGUUGGCCAAACAUGGCGCAAGGUUAAUCGUCACUCCCGAAGACACAACAUCACUCGAUUUUGCUUACCAUCUGCUUCGGGAGAGCAACACAUCUGAUCUGUUGGCCAAGAUCAAAUUCUUUCUCGGCACAUUGCCAAGCCACAGGAUUCCGGGCCGUCUCCCAUCAUCUCUGUUAGAAACUUGUCUCGCACAAGGCUGCGGAAGGGCGGAAGAAAACCAACAAGAGAAGAGACUGGAGGUAUUCGAAUACCUCUUCAGGAAAGGGGCGGAGGUCGUCCCAGGUUCCCCCCUUGCAGCCCUGGUGUCGAUGAAUGCGCGGAAAGACCUCAUUCGAGACGUCUUGUACUCCGGAUCUGACUUGAAUGCAUACUGGGCCAAUCAUAAUGAAUGUGAAUUCACCCCUCUUCAGAUCGCAGCACUCAGAGGAGACGAGGAUUUGGUCCGUCUGUUCCUACGGGAAGGCGCCGAUGUUAACAGUCCCCCGCGCGGUCGUCAUAUGCAAGGUUAUACAGCGCUGGAAGCCAUCUGCGCCUGGCCCCCUGCCACCGAAGAGGAACACCAAAGCAAGAUGAGAAUAUGUCUUCUCUUGAUCAACCAAGGCGCAUACAUCAACCCCAAAUACCCUCGAAAACAGAUCACGAUUUUUGGGAUGGCAGCGAGGAGCGGGGAUCUAGAGUUGGCUGCUCUUUUGCUCCGCGAGGGCGCCGAUCUCAACGCAACAACGGCAGAUGGGACAGCUUUAGAUGUCGCUGCCGAUGCGGGGCGGCUGGACAUGGUCAAGUUCCUCCUCAACACCAAUGCUUUAAGCUGCGUUCGUGGUCUAAGUGGAUAUGACGGCGCCAUUUUCAAGGCUGAAAAAUGGAGCCAUUUAGCCGUAGCAGAUCUGAUUCGCGAACAUGCCGCAAAAGUCGCGGCGGGGUUCGUGUUCAACCCUGAGCUUUUGAAGCCACAAGAGGUAUGCCGUGUUUAUGGAUUCGGUUUAGACGACGAACCGUUAUGUGACGCGUCCUCUUCGGAUGACGAUAAUGACGAUGAUAAUAUCGCGGUGGGCCUGCUGACGGGACCGGCGGAUUUGUACAAAUAGGAUAGACUACAUGGAGCAGGCGCCGGUUGUACAUGGCGGUUAAACCUUUGCCAGGUGGUUUCGUUUUUAAUCCCCAUACAUAUAAAAUGUAUGUGGUGCCUUCAUACAGUGGUAAACGCUCAAGACCUAGCGUUUCAAGAAAUACAGUUCCAAUAACAGUGGAACUCCCGUUGCCUCAUGACUGGGUCGUGGGACGCCGAACUGUAUGAG